GGUGACGAGUACAAGAAAGAACUGGCAACGUGUGCCACAUUCAAAUCUGGUCUGUGCUCCGAUCGGCCUCUCUCGGUCGUAUCCGUAUAGUAAAACAGUAGAAAACGGGGAAUGCGCGAGAGGAUCGUAGCGUGCGUUUGUCGUCAAGUGUAGUGUACAUACACCGCGUGUGUCGCGACGUAAUACUACAACGAUGCGGAGAUUACACGCUUCAUCAACAACAACGUCGAUUGUGCUAGUAACAGAGAGGUUAUCGCGUUGAAACGUGUUUCGUCAGUGUGUACGUGUCUCUUUUCUUUCUUUCUUUCCACACACACACACUCUCGCAGAAACUCUCUCUCAACUUCCUAUCCGACUCCAUUUCCGGUACCACGGCGUGGAGUACUAAUAGCGAUAGAGCAACGCACGGGAGAGACCAUCACUAUCGACGGUGUGUCCUCGCGCGCGCCGACAUCGACACGGUGGCGACGGUGUCGAGUAGGACUCUCACUUCCUACUGGCCCUUUCGUCCCGCGCGUACGAAUUUUCGCGCGCACACGCGCCCGCGCUCCGCUAGUCGCAUGCACGCAGCAACUUGAUGUAAAUGUCACGGGCGCGCGACGGCGGCGGCGGUGGUGGCAUCGUGACUGUGUUGCGAGGGAGGUUCCACGCGUGGAAGUAUGUGCAUGGAAAUUCAGGCUAACGAGAAGAAGCAGCAGAAGAUGGGCGACAAGAACAUAGAAGAGGACCUAGAGAUCCUAGAGGCCCACAUUUACAGAGAUUUCGAUAAAAUCGUUGUUAAACAAGAACGCCAAGAAGAUGAAGCGGAGAUCUGUGAGCUGGCUGCCAAAAUGGUGGAAGCAAACAAGGCGAAAAUGAUGUCUGCUUUGCAAGGAGCUCAACAAGCGAGGACACAGUGUCAAGUAUCACAGCCUAAUCUACACGGUAUCCUUGGAUAUCUGAACAAACGGCCGAACGAGACCACGUCUUCUGUUUCGAAAACUCCGGCCGAAAGUCCAGAUAGUAGUAGAGUACCGCCACUGGAUGAUGAAAGUCAAAGAGGACGUUUUGGCUGGACCAGUUUUGACGAUAACCACAUACCCUUUAUAUAUCGCUGCACCGAAAAGUAUUGCGCCGUACGCAUCCUAGAAAAUAAGCUUCUCAACAAGUACCUGAGCUAUCUACACUCGGACAUCUACAGCUGCACCUGUAUAAGGAGUUACUACAUCACGGAACCGGAGAGCAAGCUAUUCAACGAAAUCAACGUUAAGCAUUGCGAGAAUCAGUUCGGGAGGGAACAGUUUACGUGCAAAGACUUGGUGGUGCGUCUAAUAGACGCCAAGGAGUUUUAUAAGUUUCUUGACGUGUGCUACACGAAACUGACCGCCGGUACGAAUCCAAGUGUGACGAGCGGUCGUAAAGCGGAGAAAUGCGGUUUCAUACGAAUAAACAAAGAGUCUGUGGUUCCUUAUACGGUAAAGGACGGCUUGCAGUACGUUCCGCUGUUUUAUUUCGAGGGUGAGACUGAGAAUCUCAAGUUAAAGGCAGAGAAACUCGAAGGUUGGGAUCUGUCUUACUUGAAGUUCUGCUGCAAGGUACAGGGUAUACGUAAUGAACUGUUUGCUAGUGAAACGUGCUCGGUGAUUAGUUUGAGUGAUAUUAAGAGUUACUUUCCGCCGGGCACUGGUUUCGAAGAUUAUUGGCCGAGCAAAGUUAUGGACUCACAGUUAUUAGUGAAUAGCAACGGCGGCGGUAGUGGCGGUGGAUGGACAAAACAGCCGCCUACACCGCCGGCGACUAAGCCUACUUCCGUGCAAAAUAACGCGAAUAAAGUACCUCUAAACGCGCGCGCCGCUCCAAUGCCUAAUAUAAUGCCGCGGGGACCUGCUGCUGUGAGUGCUCCACCGCAAAUGUCGCGAAUAGGACAACCAAGGCCAGUGGCUACAACGCACCCUGCGCAUUCUUCCCCAUCGGGACUUUCCUCCAAUAGGUCGAAUCUGGUGUCGCAAUCUAUGCUGAAUACAGUUCAAGGGGUUGUCAAUGGCUGGACCGGGCUCGUUGGUGGCCAACCUGCCUUUCAGACAUCAUUGGUUUCACAAGCAAAUUCUAUCAUACGAAUGCCCAAUACAUCUCUAAAUAUGCAUAACCAAAUGCCUGCUGCCACCAAAACUUACUCCCAACAGUCUAGAAGCAGGGGAAGUAAUAAUGGGGCAGCAGCCCCAUAUCCUGGGGUCUACCCGGUUACAACAAUGCAAAAUGUAGCCCAAGCUCAACAACCACCACCUCUUGUAAGAGCAACUGCACAUACGAGUCAACCUAGUCUCGGUUAUCCCACCUAUGGGAAGGAUGACUGGGUGACUACUACAUAUAAUACAACGCCUACAUUAGGUGUACCUAAUGCAGUUACGGCAAGUACAUAUCCACAGAUGAUUGGUUUAAGUGAACAAGUUCAAGCUUUGAUGCCAGUGCCAUCAGCAUCAAAUUUAUUACACCAGCAGCAGAGGCAUACACCUGUGCAUAGCACAUCUCUUAACAAAUUUCCACCUCCACUGAUACCAGUUAAUGGUAACAAUGGUAGCUCCAGGGAUUCCAGGGGGAGAAAACCAUUAAUACUAAUAUCAGAGUCGCAUAUAUCCACCUGUCAUGUACAACCAUACCAGAUACAGAAAGCACUUGUCGAAGAAAAAAUGGUUCCCUGCAUUAACUUCAAACCUUACAUCUACACCGAGUUGUUGAUGACACUUCCUGAUUUUAUCUCUCAAUAUUUUCCUGCCUGUGACAUUAAUAGUUGUAGACAAGUUCUCACAGAUGUCCUACAUAUAGAUUUAUAUCAAGGAAAUAGACUGCAAAUGAAGAUGUUGAUGGAAGCAGGCAAGUGUUCUUCGCUAACCGAAGAACUACCUUUAAUACAAAUUAGGAGUGUCAUGAAAUAUAUGCCACAGUUCAAGUAUAUGUUCAACAGAGGAGAUAUGGUCAUGCCUGUGCCGGCACACUCAUCUGAAGAGCAUGCUGCCAAAAAGCGUCAACGUACCAGCUAGGAUUGGCUACAGCCUUACUGGCCUACUUACGAUUACUACCAUUCGGCAUUCUAAAGAAGUAGAUCCGAUUCGCGCACUGUAAUAUCAAUUUGCGCUUUAAUGAUGUCCUCGAGAUUGGCAGGAUAUUUGGAUAAAGAUAAAAUCUCGUGUUUGACAUACACGACCAAGUGCACACAAGUAAAAAUUCACGUUUGUGUACAGUGACGAGUGUAAGCUAUUUCUUUCUCCAAAGUGCAUCUACUCUACAGAGGGUAACUGUAAAUAAAAUUCGAGUGUAUAAAUUUAGAAUAUUACAGUUGACAAUUCAGAUCUGCUUUAUACAGAAUGAUCUACUUCAUUUCAUGACACCUGUUACGAUGUAGUGAAUGCUACAUUGUUACAGGAGACAAGUAGAUCCAAGACAAAACAUUCUUAUUUUCAAACCAGAUAUAUCCAUUCCACACAUAUAAACAUAUACAUACAUGCAAACAAAAACGUGCGUGCGUGCGGUGCGCCCGCGCGCUCGCAUAAAUGAUACACGUUACUUUAUUUCUACCUCUUUGCAAUAGUGAAUACUAUUCUUUCAAAUUUUAUAUUCCACGAUGUUCUCGUUAAAUAUUAAUAUAUUAUGUAUAUGGAAUAAAAGUUUUGUUCGAGAAAGUAAAAUUUCGGAGAAAGAAAAUGCUAUAUGUAUUCAAUUUAUAGAUUGACACGACGUGCUAUAGAGUUAUUCAGAACGAAUAACCUAUUUUGCAUAUUGAAUGUAACAAUACAAUGUAUCAAUACAAAAGCGAAACAAGGAAGUAACGUGAAAAAUGAAGGUAAAGCUUCUUCAAGUUCCUAGCUAUUACUAGUACGUAUUCUGAUAACUAGCCGCAUAUUAAUUUAAAAAAGUGUUUAAAUCAGUAAUUCAGUGAUAAUUGAUGAUUUAUGCAAUAAGUUGAUGUGUGAGUUUUUAUACAAUUUUCAUAAAAUUUAUUAUUUAAUAAAAUCGUUAUGUCACGUAUAAUAUUAAACAGUUUCCGUCUUAAUCGUUUAACAAAUGCACUGUGUAUAAAAGUGUGAUGGACGUAUCAAAUCGAAUAAUAUGUGAAACAAAUGCCUAUCCAUUGUGAAGAGAUUGCAGUAAGCAAUAUCCUAUCAUACGGACUAUACGGAGAUUACAUUUAUACUGUGUACACUAUACAUAUAAUUAUUUCAUAUAAAAUCUGAUAUUUUCACACAGUUGGCAAAAAAAUAACAAAGAUAGAGUUGACAUCAUUUCAUACGUUUGCAUUUUAAUUUACGAUUAGUGCAUUUACGAGUAAUAUUUUGCGAUGUUGCUGCUGCAUCUUCCUAAUAAUCACACCGCAGACUUUUGUUUCAAAACGACUUACGGCGGCUUUCUGAAAUUUUGUUAAAGCGGCAUUUCUUGUUUAUAUUUAAUAAGUUUUACACGCUCGUUGAGAAUCAGUAUCUUAUGAUGGGGUUGACGUGAACAUUUCAACAAAUCGAAUGAGAGAGAUGCAUGGCUGAAAGGCACAUAAUAAAAAUGAAAGAUGAAACCAAAAAUAGUACGCAUUGUAAAUUUAAAAGUUACGUUAAAUGUGGAUGUUAUACGCAUCGCGAAUAAAGCGAUAGCAAUACUUGGUAGAGGUUUUGAUUAAACGAAUGUAGCUUGUGUCCCAGAAACUGUCGUGGUUCUUCUCAAAGCACCGAAUUUAGAUGUGUAUUAUAACUAUUUUACGUCUACCCCUUUCAUAAAUACGUUAAAUUUUCAUGUAUUUGGAAGUGUCCAAGGUACAACAUAUGUAGAGAAGACUAUCAAAUUAUAAUUACAUGUGUGUGAUACAACAAGAAAGUGCGACGAUGUUUAAACAAUGAACAAAUUUUUAUUGAAUUUCGAAGCCACAUAGAACUGGUCUUCCACAUGUUGAUCUGAAAAUAUGUCAGGAAUUGAGUUUUGUUUAUUUUGCAAUAAAUUAUUUCAAGACGUCGACAUGCUUGCAAUAUAUGUCGCCGAUAAAUGUCAUUUAUUUCUGUUCACAUUAAUAAAUCGGUGGAUGCGAUAGCUCUCAUCGUUUUGAGCGACAGAUAAGAUACUAUUUUAAUUCUUCUCGAUGUGGGAAGUGGACAGACAGAGAAGUAAAUAAUUAUUAUCGACCGGCUACUUUCGUCACUCUCUAACUUUAGCGUAAGAAAACUCUGAAAAAAGUAUGCAUGGCAAACAAGUGUAUAUAAAGAAAUAAUUAUAACGACUGAUUCACGUUGGGAAUCGUGAAUCUUCCACGCAAGACAUAAAUUGUUUGGAUAUCCUAUCGUAGCGAAUACGGUGUAUUUCUGAGUAAUAUCGAUGAGUAAUAUUUUGUCGUAUUACAAUUCGAAGCUCUUGCAUUACUCUAUUCGAAGAUUCUACAAUGGACUGGUAAUCUAUUUUCUUUUACUUUCACGAAUAAUUCAGGGAAUCUUAGAAGAAAUUCGAUAAGAAUAUAAAAAGAGGAAUAUAAUGAAAUAAUUUAUAGUUAUUCGGAUCCGGUCCAAACGUUAGAAAAUAUAAUUAUUUUUAAUAUAUUAGAUUAGUAUGUUUAUUUGUUAACAUCUGUUAUAAAAUAAUAUGUAUUAUACUUUAUCACGCUAUCGUUUGUACAUAUUUAAAGUAUAAGAAAUAGGAAUAUUGCAUAUUCCAAAUAAAUUCAUGAUACAAUCAAUGAAA